UGUAGCCUACAUACCAACAGCCGAAUCUCAGCCACAAAACACUCACAGUGUCCCUUUAGACAGGGAAACAAAAUGUAGCAGGGAGAAAGUUCUGAGAUCAGGACUGAAACAGCGAGAGCACAAAAAGGAAGCAGCAUCAGUUCCACAUGUGACUCAACCCACAGUUGCUUGUAUCAGAUCACCCACCCCAGCCCAACCAACACACGCUGACAUAUAACCUACAGUACUUACCUCACAUCUCACUCUACACACCAGCAUGGAUGAACUUGACAUGCUUUUAGAGGAGCUGGCUAAGAACUCCUCAGAGACAGCAACUGUUCCUGCAGCAAUUCCGCCUAAAACUCUCUCAGUAAGAACCUCAGUUAAAGGGGACAACACAACUCUGCAUGGACAGACUGAGUCCUCGGGUCUUGUUUCUGGGCCAGAUAAGGCAUUUCAGGCCUACAGUGAGCUUCCGGCCCCUGUGGAGGCAGGAUUGAUGAGUCCCAACACAGCCACACGAGAGUUAGACUCCAUCAUGUAUGAGCUAUUAGGUCUUGAUCUCGAGAUUCCAGAACAAAUACCCCCAUUAAGCCCACCUCCAGUUACUCCAAAGUCAAUAAAGGACAAAAGAACAGAAGAAACUAAAGACAGUGAUAGUGGAAAGCAAGCAGAGGAAAAUGACAGUACUAUGAACACACAGCACCUUCCUCUAACGAAAAAACAAUCCAAGGGUGUGGAUGCUAUAGAUGACCUGCUGGGCUCUCUUAGCUCAGACAUGGAGAAAAUGGGUGUCCGAACAGCUGCCAAGGGCCACUGUGCUUCUUGUGGCAAGUGCAUAGCUGGGAAGAUGAUCACAGCUCUGGGUCAGGUUUGGCACCCAGAACAUUUUGUGUGUACGCUGUGCAGGGAGGAACUAGGUACGUGUGGUUUCUUUGAGAGAGAUGGCAAGCCGUACUGCGAGAAAGACUACCAGGACCUCUUCUCCCCUCGCUGUGCUUACUGCAAAGGUCCCAUUACUCAGAACAUUCUUACAGCAAUGGACCAAACAUGGCACCCAGAACAUUUCUUCUGCUCCCACUGUGGAGAUCUAUUUGGAACUGACGGGUUUCUGGAGAGAGAUGGUAAACCAUAUUGCUCCAGUGAUUUCUACCGCCUCUUUGCACCCAAAUGCUCUGGCUGUGGAGAGGCAGUGAAGGAGAACUAUCUGUCUGCAGCAAAUGGAACCUGGCACCCUGACUGCUUUGUCUGUGCGGACUGUCUAAAGCCUUUUACUGAUGGUUGUUUCCUGGAGAUGAAUGGUCGGCCCCUCUGUUCCCUUCACUAUCACUCUAGACAGGGCACUCUCUGUGGGACCUGUGGAGAGCCCAUAUCAGGUCGCUGCAUCGCUGCCCUCGACCGCAAGUUUCACCCUGAGCACUUUGUGUGUGCGUUCUGUCUUCGCCAGCUGAGUCAGGGUGUGUUUAAGGAGCAAGCAGGGAAGCCAUACUGUUCAGUAUGUCACACAAAACUCUUUCUGUGAAAGAGGUGACAUUCCACAAGCACCUUCUGUUCAUACACACAGAGAUUAUUCACAAAGUGACAAUUUUGUCUCAGCUUUGCAAUUACAAUGGAAGUUUUAGAAAAAUAGUCAUGCCUUUUUCUCUUUUUUUUUUUUUUUCAUGAGAAACUAUUUCAAUGGGCCUUGUUAGUGGAGCAUUUGAGAAAAUGUAAGAAUGGCAAAUUCUAGAAAAUGUCUCAAUUAUUUUCUUAAGUAAAAUCAUAAAUGUAUUUACUGUAUUGAUGUCUACACCCUGGCUGUUUUAAUAAAUG